AUGAAACUUUGUUAUGCUGCAAAGACUUGGUAUGGAGGAUUCUUGGGUAUGAUGAUUUUUGGAGCCAGUGAAGUGAGCAGAAAUGUGGACCUAGGUGAUGAGACGACCACCAUGCUCUGCAAAUUUGUGAUCCAAGCUUCCGAUGCAUCAAUCACAAAGCAGAUUGAGUCAGAUCCACAGGGCUGGUUGGAUGAUCUAACCGACGGGGGUGUAGAAUAUAUGCCUGAAGACGAAGUGAAGAUAGCUGCUGCGGAGCGACUUCGAAUCUCAAUGGAAAGGAUAGCCUUGCUUAAGGCAGCCCAACCACGGAAAAAGACUCCCAAGUCGGACAAUGAGAAAGAUGAUGAAGAAUCAGGAGAUGAGAAUGAAAAGAAGGAAAAGAAGAAGGAUGGCGAAGAAGAUGACAAAACCAAGGGACCUUCGACUCUGUCCAAGUUGACAGCGGAGGAGGCUGAGCAUCUUGCACUUCAGGCUGCUGUCCUCCAAGUGCAUAUUCUGUGUAAAGAUAGAACUACAAAGUUAAUUGAUGGCUCGUCAACUGUUCUAUUGAAAAAGAAAUGAAAAGGUUUGGAUAUAUAUAUAGUAAUAAUAAUAGUAAUAAUAAUAAUAUAUCUUGUACUC